AUGGCAACCGCAGCAUCUGCUGUAUCGACGAGCAAAAAGAAGUGGGAUGGCUUCAAGGAAACAGCCAAGAAAAUUAACGAAUUGAGGGACAAUAUUGAGAGUUUGACGAAGGUAAUGGAAGAAGUUAAAAAGGUCUGUGAUCAGUUCUAUAAGGAGUACAAAAAUAAAAUUCCUAGCCAACCAGAGGAAAUCAAGCGGUUUCACGACAACUUAGAGAAAAUAGUGGAUGAAUUGAAAGGAGAACUUGAAAAGGCGGUAUCUGAAGAUGUAACCAUUGUGUUUGUGGGACGUACAAGCAGUGGCAAAUCGUCCUUGAUAAAUGCCUUACUUCAAGACAGCCGUCUUCCCGUUGAUAAAAUUCAGACGACGAUGUGCAAAAUUCAGGUUCGCCCUACGGCUGAUGAAGAGUGGAGUAUUGUUAAAGUAGGUUGUCAAGAGCCACUCACAGACCAUAAGAGCGCAGAGGCCGUAAAGGGCCUUUUGAGUAAAAUGUCUGGUAAGUCAGAAACUGCAGAAAGGGAGAAGCUCAGGAUUGACUCUCGCAGUGUCAUACAAGUGAAUUGGCCUCGCCAGCUCUGCAAUCUGCCAGAAAAUAUUAUUUUGAUAGAUACACCCGGUUUUAAAGAGAACUACGAUGGCGACAUAGUUGUCUUCGACUCAUGCAAGGAGGCAGAGAUACUCGUUGCUGUGAUGGAUUUCAUGUCACCUUCCAUGAAAGAUAUUGCAGAUCUCCUAAACAAGAUGAAAUUCAAGCUCAAAUUUGGCGUCUUUACAAAAUGGGAUAAAAACUUACAAGAUGAAAAAGAAGAGGAGAAAAUAAAGACAACAGUCAAAGCAGGCAAGCGGCAACAAAUACGAAAUGUCUACAAAGGAUAUUUUCAGGAAUUCGUCAAUGACGAAUGCCCGGUUUAUUUCGUUGAUGCAAAGCAUUUUUCCAAAGCAAAGGACACUCCGCAAGGCUUUGAUGGAAGAGAGGAUUUUUUGAGGUUUGAGAGAGAUUUAGCGAAGGGUGCAGGAUCAGUUAAAGCACAAAAAGGCGUGGCUCUAAUAGAACAUGCCAAAGCUCUCGCUUCAGAACACGAGAAUAUCUUCAAUAGCGUUCAAAGGAUCUUCGAGGAAAGGAAUUCCAGUAAAGAUCGUCUGACUGAGAUAAAUAACGUAAUGAGCACUUUGGAGAAAGAACACCGUAGCCUUGAUGCAGUGAUUCAUGAGGUGAAGAAGCUCAAUUAUCUGAUAAACCGUCACCUCACUGAAGGGGAGAUUGAUCGAUUGAUAGAGGAACUUCGCAACGACAUAAAAAGAUGCAGCACUGUGCAAAGUGAGAAUGAAGCUAUUGACAAUUUUUUUAGUAGAAAGAUUGGUGGAAUCAAUACAGCUUUAUAUGAACAAACUGUAAAAUUAGAAGAAGAGUAUGAGCAACGCAGGGGUGAUCUUGAUCUUAGUCUAGCAAUGUAUUUGAGAGAAUUGUUGCCGUCCUAUGAAGCUAGAGAGCUGAGAGGAGCGGAAGAUUCUAGUUAUGACGAUAGAAGAGACCCUUAUGCCUACGUUACAAGCAACAACGUCUGGACAGUACUUUGGUACUUCGGUUUUGCAGCUGCCACAGUAUCUGCUGCAGUGGUACCAGCAGGGGCCGGUGCUGGUCUCGUUGCGGUGGUAAAGCCAGGAGCUACUGCUACUGCUGUCGCUAUUUCUGGAAAAGCAGUUGCCGGAGGAACUUUCUUCGGAGGUACCCUGGGAUUUUCGAAGCUGGUGGAAAAAGUUGCAGGAUUUGGAGGAUUCGGACAAAAGAUAAGGCAUUAUUUCGGGCCCAGUCAGAUGAAGGUCGGCGACACGACACGGUUUGCACGAGAAAUUUUGAUAGAAAUCAAGAGACAAUUUGCAAGAUUCGUCUCAAAAUUACCAGAAAUACAAACGACCGCUGACGAAAGGUCCUCAAGGUUAACAAACGAAAACGAUCGUUUUUCCAGAGAAAAGUCAGAACUGAAUAAGGAAUUAAAUAAACUAACGGAAUGGUCAAAUAAAGUAACUGAAAGCACAAAGCGUUUGCAGAAUGUCCGAGAUGGGUUUGACGAGCUGAAGCUUGGUUAUAUCAACAUCCUACACCCUAACAUGAAGUUUACUAUGGAGAGGGAAGAAAACCACGAGCUCCCCUUGUUAGAUGUUCUUUUAGAUAACAAUAGCGAUCAGGGCAUUAUCACCACGGUGUUUCACAAGAAGACCUUCACCGGUCUUCACACUAAUUUGAACAGUUUUGUACCUUUCAGUUACAAAUCAGGAUUAGUACGCGCCCUGGUAGACUAA